AUGCGAUCGCUGUCGCUUGAAAAAUCGAAGCCGGAGAGUACUAUGACGAAAAAUACAGAAGAAGAAAUGGAACCCCCAAUGAUAACGAACAAUAACGGCAAUUACAAUGGAGAUAGAAAUGGAAAUAAUAAUAAUGGUGCACCAUAUCGCUGCCAUAGAUGUGGGGAGCUUAGACAUAUUUCGCGCAACUUCCUGGAAGAUGGAAACCCACUACUUAUCGAAGUAGACCCAGUGGUUUCGCCCCCAAAACCUCGCCGAAAGAGAGGUCCAUCCGUGAUUGACAAAUUGGACUCGUACGACAUGGCCGUGGACAUUAUGAACCAAAGAGCAAAUGUGACUCUUGGACAAAUUUUGCGAUAUCCCGACCAAAGAAAGAAGCUUGUGAAUGCCCUGAAGCGACCAUUUCCACCAACACCACCCAUACCUACGAUAGUACAAGUUCCGGAAGAAAUGGAAACAAAUGCCGCCCAACAGUCCCAUGGAAGAACCACCGCCGCCUGA